AUGACAUCGAAUAUUGCUAAGUCUUUUAAUGCAGCAAUCAAAUCAGCAAGGGAAUUACCAGUUGCAACACUUCUGGAAUAUUUGAGGAUAUUAGUUCAAGAGUGGAGCUACAAAAAUAGAAACAUAGCUUCUUAUACUAUGACAAAACUGACAAAUAAAGCAGAAGAAGCACUUAGGGAAAACUAUUCACUAGCUAGAAGAAUGAAGUUAACUAAAAAUGUAAUUAAAAUGAUACAAGUUAUUCCAUCAGUAACAUGUAUAUACAGUGUGGAAGAUGGCACAAAGACUUCAAUAGUAGAUCUCAUUGAGAGGACAUGCAGUUGUUGUAGAUUCCAAAAAGAUGAGCUACCUUGUGCACAUGCAGUUGCAGUGUUUUGCAAAUACCACAUGGAUCCCUAUCAAUAUUGUGCAGAAUUUUUCAAAAAAGAAAAUUUAGUGAAAAUAUAUGAGGCUAUUGUUUUUUCGAUGCCUAGCCAAAGCGAUUGGGAUGACGCAGAAGACAUGGAAUAUACCGACGUUCUUCCGCCAAUAGGAAAAAUUCCAGCAGGACGACCGAAGAAACAAAGAUUGAAGCCAUGUCAUGAGAGAAAGGAAAAAAAUACAUGUAGCAGAUGUGGAAACCGGGGGCAUAACAAAAAAACAUGCCGUAAUCUUCCAAAGUGA